AUGUCGUCUCAAAAUCACGCAAAAUCUAAGGAAUUGGAUAGUAGAUGUCGUUUGUUGGCAGAACGCUUGACUGAUGCUGUGCGCAUACUUGAUCAUGAUCCGUCGCUUGCCCUCUAUCGAUUGCAAGUUAAGUUGAUCUUCUUGAUGUAUAAGCAUGUGGGACGCAGUUUACCUGGACUUGUGAAUCGAAGGAUUCUAUUAAACCAGCAGACAGCACUGUUGUCAGGUGUUCAGUUCGACCUUGAGAAUGCUUUGAGUACCGUGGAAAACAUACGGCAGUCCAGCUCAACAUUUGAGGAGUGCGCAGAAAUGCUGCGUAACUGCAUUUUUUAUAAGCAACAACUGGACUUCGAUGCAAAACGAAAGGUAUCCGAGAUCACUGUAAAGGGGCGCAGCAAAUCUUUGCAUGACGUGACACGUCAUACAGAAAAAGAAAAAGAGAAGUAA